UUUCGGCUCACUAGAGAAAACCCUACUGCUUCACUCUCCUCCUUCAUUUACCAGAUCUCGUCGUCUCCACAGACCACAAAAAUCAGCCUUUUCGAUCUCAGAAUCUUCACUUCCUCCUGAUUCAUAGACAGGAACCAGAAAAUUUCAAAGAUGGUGAACAGAAUCUUAAACAUUUUUAAGAAGAAGACUGCGCCUAAAGAGGCACUUCGGGAGAGUAAAAGAGAGAUGUCUACUGCUACAAGAGGGAUUGAACGGGAAAUCGGUUCAUUGCAACUUGAGGAAAGGAAAUUGGUCAACGAGAUAAAAAAGACUGCAAAAUCUGGAAACGAGGCUGCAACUAGAAUAUUGGCUCGUCAACUUGUGCGUUUAAGGCAGCAAAUAACCAACCUGCAAGGCAGUCGUGCUCAAAUCAGAGGAGUAGCAACACAUACACAGGCAAUGUAUGCUAGUACUGCAAUUUCAACUGGAAUGAAGGGGGCGACUAAAGCAAUGACAGCUAUGAAUAGACAAAUGGCACCAACAAAGCAAGCUAAAGUGAUCAAGGAAUUCCAGAAACAGUCUUCGCAGAUGGACAUGACUAUUGAGAUGCUGUCAGAGUCUAUUGAUGAAACCUUAGACAAAGAUGAGGCCGAAGAGGAAACAGAAGAGCUAACUAACCAGGUCCUGGAUGAGAUUGGUGUUGAUAUUGCUUCACAGUUAUCCUCAGCUCCUAAAGGCCGGAUCGCAUCCAAGAAAGUCGAAAAUGCCGUUCCAAUUCCAAGGCCUGCUGCUACUGAACCAUCUUCUGAUGUCGACGAUCUUGAGAAGAGAUUAGCUUCGCUUCGUCGCCUCUGAUUAGCCAAAUAGCACCAAAAUGUUGUCUCAUAUAUAGCGAGUAAUAGUAAUAAUCUUUGUAUAAAAUUCUCUUUGUUACAACUUAUCCCACCCAUGAUAUAGGGUUCUUUAUUUUCUCUUUGUUCCAUCUUUCAUGUAGAUUUACGGAUGUUUUUCAGCAUGUGUUCAAGAAAACUAGUCAGAGCAGAUUAAGAAAAUUUACAUUUGCCGGGUA